CCGCUCGGCGCCUUGGCAUUCGCGUAGUGGAUAGUGACUAUGCCAAAGCGCCCGAGCACCCCUUCCCGGCGUGCUGGCAGGAUGCAGCAGACGUGAUCAGGUGGACGCUCGGGCAGCCGUGGUGCUCGGGCAGCGUCGCACUGACCGGCUGGUCUGCCGGUGGGAGUCUCACGAUUGGCUUCUGUGCGCCGAACAUCGCAAAGAAGUACGGCCUCAGCCAGCAAGAGACCGACGCGAUCAAGGGUGGCAUCAGUUUCUACCCGCCUAUGGGCGCGGAAAACGACGCACGCGUAGCGGGCAAGAAUGCCAAGAGCAAUGAGUGGUUGCAGGAAAAUGGGAUCCCCGGAAUUGGGUUCACAAUGAGGAUGCUCGACUUCUUCAACGCCUGCUACAUGCUGAAGACGGACCCAUCCGAGAUUCCAAAGCUGCCCGAGCUCACACCGAUCCUGCAGUCUUCGCCCGCUUCCGUGUGGACCAAGCCGCUGACGAUCGUCACCGCCGAGUACGACACGCUGCGCGACGAGGCCGAGCAGUUCGUGCAGAACCUGCAGGCGGACGGGCAUCCGGACGUCGUGGUAUACACAGCGAAAGAGACGAGCCACGGGUGGGAAACGAGAAUCACGCUCAAUGAGGAGCAGUGGACAGCCAGCACUAAGGGCGGCUUGGCUACCAAAGAGGCGUAUAAUUUGGUGGAGACGAGGCUCAAGAAGGUGCUCGGCCUGUGACAGGCAGGCGGUGCUCACUUAUUGCAGAACUGUAGUAUAACAAGGUGGCUCUAACCUUAACCGUGCAAGCGCCUGGACCUGGC